GGCUGUUCUUGAAGAAAGAUUCAGAGAUGACACGGAGAAAGUUAGAAAAUGGAGAUCUGCUUUGUUUGAAGCUGCUAGCUUGUCAUCAGCAUGGCUUUUCAAAGAUGGGGAGAAAAUGAUAUUGAAGGAAUAAUACUUGAUCCGCCUGAACAAGAAGAAGUGAAGUGGAAUGGUUUAGCCUUUGAGAAGAUAGAUAAUCUUCGUAUUCUCAUUGUUCGAAAUACCCAAUUCUUAACAAGUCCCAAGUAUCUUCCCAAUAGUUUGAUACUGCUUGAUUGGGAGGGAUAUCCUUCUAUGACUUUACCACCGGAUUUUUCUCCUCCAAAACUAGUUUGCUUCAAGUUGUGUAGAAGUCUUUUCAAAUUUGAAGAGCCAUUCCAGAGUCUUGCCUACUUCCCAAAUAUAGUUGGAAAUAUGGAUGCACUUGGAAGUAUUUUUGCAGAUGGUAGCGCUAUUAAAGAGCUUCCAAAUAGCUUAUUCACGCUACAAAAUCUUAGCGUACUUCUGCUGGGAGGCCUUCGAUCUCAUGGUAGAAAUUCCUUGAAGAAAUUACUGCAAGAGAGCCAACCAUUUAUCAGUUGCAAUAACAUAGAGUGCUUGGAUCUCGGAAACUGUGGCCUAUGGGACGAAGAUGUUUACCAUACUCUGAAAUGUUUUCAGAAUCUGCAAAACGUGGAUCUAUCAGGAAAUAAUUUUGCAUCACUUCCUGAGUGCAUUAAAGAGUGUGAUGAUCUCAUGACGCUCGAAAUAAAUAAUUGUAAGAGACUAAGAGACAUACCAGAGUUGCCAUCGGGGUUGCGCCAGAUAAAGGCAGAGAAUUGCACAGCAUUAACAACCGAGUCAUUAAGCCGUUUGUGGUUUCAGGCAAAAACCUUCUUUACUAUGCCAGCAACAACAUUUCCUGAUUGGUUCGACUAUUCCUGUGAAGGAGACACAUUGUCUCUUGGUGUUCGUGGGAAAACUUUCCCUGCUCUUGUCAUUGCAAUCGAAUCGGGCAAAGCUAAGGCAAAAAGGAGUCUUCUCACCUUCCAAGUUUUUAUCAGAACUAAUGGCCGUAGAACGUCAUGGACAAAAAAUGAUGCUCUUUAUGCUCCUAGUCAACGUAGAGAAUGUGAUGCGUUGGUUUUUUUUGGUAAGGAAGGUCAUGUGAUUUCAUUUGAUUUACUUCAGAAUUUUGAUGAGGAGUUGGAGGAGCUUAAUAAGUUUCUAGAAUUGGGUUGGAAUGAUGUGGAUAUACAAGUUAUGUGUGACUCGCCAAAUAUCUCCAUAAUUAAGAGUGGAGUUUAUGUUGAUAAGCAGCAAACAAGCAUGGAGAAUAUUCGUUUUGUGUCUCCUCGGGCUUUCAUGAAUAAUGCUUCAAGAGCUUCACUGAAACGAAAAGUCAGAACUUCCCCUCUUAAUGAACCAGCCAAGAAGCUCUUGAGACAUUUUAAGGCUAGUGAUAAAGGAAAACUCGAUAACACCAAGAAAGGGAUCAAGAGAAGAAAACGACAUCAAGUUUUUCGUUCGUGGUACAAGACGCUCUAUCCAAGGGGCAACCAUUUUUGGAGAUUUCUUUACUAUUAGCUCUCUAUUUACUAAAAAAAUUAGGAGCAUAAUUAUACUUUAACCCUUUGAGAAUGGAACGUCAGCCGAUUGCCUCUACCCCCAUUCCCCCAACACUUGUCGGUUUUUAUUGCUCUUUUAUGUAGUAUCACUUGGUACUAAAUAUGAGUCAUUUGAGCGUUUA